AUGUCACUUCGGCAACAAGAUCCCGCGUAUACGCGUCUUGGGUACAGUAUUCUGGACGUUCCCCCGUUGAAGCUAUACGACCGGCUGAUCAUCAUACUUGCUUUGCUACCAGAGCAUUUCCGACGUUAUCCUGAUGAGGCUACAUUGCAUUGCUCUCGUGGUAAACAGAAUGCUCAGGCAGAUAUUACACAUGGAGUACAUGUCAUUCAAGUGACAUAUCCUUCCCCAAUGGGGGCUGUACCAGUCGUUAUCUCGCGAAUAAUUGCCGCGAUAGCAGAUCUGAUAGUUUCCCCUCCGCGAUUGGCAGUCUUAUCCGAACCAGCCUUCCCCAACUACCAUCCCAUGUCUUGGGGAUUGCAAUCACACCAGCCGGCUACUGCAAAGCCCAGACUCCCGCCGCCCAAUGCUCGCAUGGACAUGGUAUCUGCGCAAAUUGACCGCGUGACGGAUCAAAACCAAAGUCUUUAUAUCGAACCAGCUCGUACGGUUCCUCUGGUCUACGACAUUCAACUGGCGGAUUCAUACGUUGCUUCAAGAUAUCGUGAUAGGGUACUUAUCCACCGGGAGAAACCACGGCCGGCGGAUUAUUGCACUGGUACGGAUGACUAA